GGCAACCACAAUAGGCACUCUCUUAUUUUGUCUAUUUAUUCCUCAGGAAUGCCCCGAUCACAGCGUUCAGAGCUUCUAUCUAUUAGCAAGCCCAUUACCCUUGAGGAUCCCCCUACCAUGAUCACCCGAAUACACCACCGCCUCUAAACUAAAGCACAUGUCAAGUGCAUCGGGUAAUCCCACCUAGUCAUAAUGGCAACAAAAUCAGCGAAGCUACCCCAUGAACGGCGAAAAGGGGAGGCUGCCCUUAGCGACUUUGCUGAGUUUGUCGAGCAGCAGCAGGCAAUCCGCUUCCCCAGUGCCAGACAGUCCAAUGCCACCCCCACUACCUCAAAUACAGUACCAAACACAACAUCGCCAUCAACUACGGCCCUAGCCUCCUCUACCGCCCCCUCUGCCCACAAUGAUAUCGAUGCUGAGCUGGACAGCAUCCUCGACUCCCUGGAGCUGUCUGACAAGCAGCCCCAGGUGGCCCUCCACACACUACUGCUGGGUGACGAUGACGAUUCAUUACAGAAGCUGGUAGAGCUCAUCACACUGCGCCUGGAGGAUGGCCAUGGGGAGACAUUGUUUGACAUAGGCUUCGAGCACAAUGGCGACUCUAUGCACCUUGACAAGCCUGGCUGGGACAAGGCAUGGAAUCGCCUCCAGGAGGCUGCACACAAGGUCAAGGCUGACUGCCAGCUGCUGCUGACCAAGAACGUCGGGGGUGACAUUGAGAGCCGGGCUGCUGCCAGCGAGAAGGACAAGGACUGCAGCGCCAAGGUGCUGAUCCGCCAGAACCCCGCCACGGUCGAAAAUGUUAUAGAAACCAGGAUAGCGGUGGUGGGCAAUGUCGACGCCGGCAAGAGCUCCAUGUUGGGCGUUCUGGUUAAGGGUGACCUCGAUGAUGGUCGCGGCAGGGCCCGCGUCAACCUCUUCCGCCACAAGCACGAGAUCGAGACCGGACGGACCAGCUCUGUCGGGAUGGAGAUCAUGGGCUUCGACACCCACGGCCAGGUCAUCACAUCCGACACGCCUGGCCGCAAGCUGUCGUGGGAGGAGAUUGGCAAGCGCAGCGCCAAGGUCAUCACCUUCACCGAUCUGGCAGGUCAUGAGCGGUACCUGCGCACCACCGUCUUCGGCCUGCUCUCGAGCAGCCCCAACUACUGCCUGCUCAUGGUAGCGGCGAACAACGGUCUCAUUGGUAUGAGCAAGGAGCACCUGGGUAUCGCGCUGGCUCUGAACGUCCCUGUCAUGGUUGUCAUCACCAAGAUCGACAUCUGCCCGCCUCAGAUCCUCGAGCAGACCAUCACGCAGAUCACCAAGAUUCUGAAAUCUCCCGGCGCGAGAAAGAUCCCCAUCUUUAUCAACAACCGGGAUGAGUGCAUCAACACCGCGACCCAAUUUGUCUCUCAGCGCAUCACGCCUAUCUUUCAGGUCUCCAAUGUCACCGGUCAGAACCUGGACCUUGUGCGGACGUUCCUCAACAUCCUGCCGCACCAUGGAAGAUACGAUGCCGACGCACCCUUCGAGUUCCACGUCAACGACACCUUUUCCGUUCCCUUCGUGGGCACUGUCGUCUCUGGUAUCAUCAAGUCCGGUGUCAUUCACGCUGGUGAUAAUGUCAUCAUCGGACCCGACUCGCUCGGCCAGUUCACGCAGACUUCCAUCCGGUCCAUCGAGCGCAAGAGGAUCAGUGUGCCCGCCGCGUCGGCAGGGCAAUCUGCCUCGUUUGCGCUGAAGAAGAUCCGGCGCAAAGAGGUCCGCAAGGGGAUGGUCGUGCUGCCCAAGCCUGCCGACGGCGCGCCCCAGCCGAGGGUGUACAACGAGUUCGUGGCCGACGUCCUGAUCCUGAACCACGUCACCACCAUCAAGAAGAAGUACCAGGCCAUGUUGCACGUGGGCCCCGUGUCGCAGACCUGCAGCAUCAUCGACGUCGACCGCCCCUUCAUCCGGACGGGUGACCGCGCCACCGUGGCAUUCCGCUUCGUCCAGCGGCCCGAGUACCUAGCGCCUGGCGACCGGUUAUUGUUCCGUGAGGGCAGGACAAAAGGUCUUGGGAUUGUGAAGGCUGUCGGCUACGACCCUUCUUUAUUUCCAAAGAGCGAAGAAGAGGAUGGUUCCAGCGGUGACACAACCAAGGGCAACGGGAAAGCUACGAGCCCCAAGGUGGAGGUUUCUCCUUCUUCUUGAUAAAAACAAUGGCGUUCUUUGGGGUUAUUGGUGUAGUGUGUUGGUUGCUGGGGGAAUGGAGAUGAACAAGAGAUAUGGGCUGGCUUGGCUUGGCGUUCACAGUGUAGGUGUUCUCCAGGUUGAUCAGACUACAUACUUUUGAUACUCUGUACUUCAAAUGUCACAUGUUGAGUGCAAUACUACCAUGUGCUCUUCC